AUGUCCACGUUGCACCCAUCCAAGGACGUCCUCCAGGGAACGGUCUACAGUCCCCUCUCAGCAAAGCCCCGUACUCCUUAUGAGGCUCGCCUUGAGCUCUUUCCCGCUUACUCCUCCGUCAUACAAGAUGCAAAGGGCAAAGCCAAGGAGCUGAGCGCCGAGGCGACAGCCGAAUUUGAAAAGGCGAGCGCAAAAGCUCAAGCCAAGGCCGGAAAGAUCGAGCUAUACUCUGGAAAGUACUAUGCCGCCUGCACCUUUGGUGGUCUGAUGGCCUGUGGUCUCACUCACGCUGCCGUAACUCCCUUGGAUCUUGUGAAAACCCGUCGACAAGUUGACUCAAAACUCUACACCAGUAACUUUCAGGCAUGGGGCAAGAUCUAUCGCGCUGAAGGCGUUCGUGGUAUCUUCACAGGUUGGAGUCCAACCCUCUUUGGCUACUCUGCCCAAGGCGCCUUCAAGUAUGGUUGGUACGAAUAUUUCAAGAAAACGUACUCUGAUAUGGCUGGUCCCGAAGCUGCACAUAAGUACAAGACUGGUCUUUAUCUUGCAGCCUCUGCCUCUGCUGAGUUCCUCGCUGAUCUUGCCCUCUGCCCCUUCGAGGCCGUCAAGGUCCGUAUGCAAGGCUCGAUCCCUAACCCCUACACCGGGACAGUUCAAGGUAUCAGCGCCAUCACAGGCAAGGAAGGUGUCGCUGGCCUAUACAAAGGCCUAUAUCCGCUAUGGGGUCGCCAGAUCCCCUAUACAAUGAUGAAGUUUGCCUCGUUUGAAACCAUUGUUGAGAUGAUCUACGAUCGUCUGCCCGGGCAAAAGAGUGACUAUAGCAAGGCUGCACAGACUGGUGUCUCCUUUACUGGUGGUUACCUGGCCGGUAUCUUAUGCGCCAUCGUCUCCCACCCUGCCGAUGUUAUGGUCAGCAAGUUGAAUUCCAACCGCCAACCUGGUGAGGCUUUCGGCAGUGCCAUGAGCAGAAUAUACAAGGACAUUGGUUUCGGUGGCCUAUGGAAUGGUCUCCCCGUAAGAAUUGUCAUGAUCGGUACUCUGACCGGACUUCAGUGGAUGAUCUAUGACUACUUCAAGAUCUUUAUGGGUCUUCCUACCACUGGCGGUGCUCCACCCCCAGUCCAGAAGCAGGAGUAG